GCACCAUGCAGUGUAAUACACGAGUGUCUGUAAUGACAAAUAAAAAGACCAGAUGAGGGAAGGGCUUUGGGCUGUUACAUAAUCCAAGUGUACUAUAAGGGAAGUGUGUCAGAGUGAAACAGUUUGAGGAAAAGGAAACGGAGUUGCAAACUUGGACAAACUUGCAUCUAACUACAUCAUGGAAGGACCUGAUUUUUCUGCAAUAACCAGCCGACCAGAAUUGAUUGAAUUUGAAGGCAUCACUAUGAUUCAUUACUUCACUGAUGACUGGGAAAAUCUUCAGAAAUUCCAGGCAAGACCAGACGACAUCCUCAUUGCUACUUACCCCAAAGCAGGCACCACCUGGGUUUCCUACAUCUUAGACCUACUAUAUUUUGGCAAUACAGCACCAGAGCGUCAGUCCUCCAUGCCCAUCUUCUUGCGAGUGCCUUUCCUUGAGGCGGUUUUUCCAAAUAUGCCUACAGGGGUUGAACUAACAAAUAAUUUACCCACCACACCACGACUCAUCAAAACUCAUCUACCUGUCCAGUUGGUGCCCAAGUCCUUCUGGGAACAGAACUGCAAGGUUGUCUAUGUAGCUCGUAACGCUAAAGACAAUGCUGUGUCUUAUUUCCACUUUGAGCGCAUGAAUCAAAUCCAACCCGAGCCGGGAGAUUGGAACAGUUAUCUACAAAUGUUCAUGGAUGGAAAGAAGGUGUUUGGACCUUGGUAUGAUCAUGUGUGUGGCUACUGGGAGAAGAAGCAGACCUACUCUAAUCUUCACUACAUGUUCUUCGAGGAUAUGGUGGAGAACACUGAUCGUGAGGUGGAGCGUCUUUGCUCUUUCCUCGGUUUAUCUACACCAACAGAUGAGAGGGAGAAAAUUACCAAAAAUACCCACUUUGACGCCAUGAAGCAAAACAAGAUGACCAACUACUCCACACUCACGGUUAUGGAUUUUUCCAUCUCGCCGUUUAUGCGCAAAGGUAAAGUCGGUGACUGGAAGAAUCACUUCACAGUGGCCCAGAAUGAGCAGUUUGAUGAACACUACAAAGAAAAGAUGAAGAACACAACUUUAAAAUUUCGAACGCAGAUUUAGGAUGGCAUGAAAACCUCAUUCUUUUUAACAUGUACUAUUUUUUAUUCAGUUUGCUUACAGGUAAGUUAAGCAGCAAAAACCGAAAGGGAACCAUAUGAACAAAAUCAGAUAUGUUAUCAAUUUGUAGCUUGGAAAACUCAAAAAUAUCCCUAUUUGUUUCUGUAGCUCUUUGUUUAUAAUAAACUUCAUCAUAUAAAAAGGCAGGUGCAGUUAUGUAACAGCAUUCUCCUAGAUACAUUAUAGCUGUAGAUCAGUACUGAUUUUUCGAAUCUGUUGAUGCAUAUUACACACCACAUGGAUUGAUUUUCUCAAUUGCCAAGUCUUGGCCUUGACACUGAGAGUGACAUGAUAAAAACUGUAACUGUUCUCUCUUCUCUACAGAGUUUAUAUAAUAAAUGUUUGGGCUUUGG